AUGGCGAAGCUGGUCUGUAACCGCACCUUCGACAAGUUCUCCUGCUGGCCCGACACGCUGCCCAACAGCACUGCCAGCGUCCCCUGCCCCUGGUUCCUGCCCUGGUACCAGAAAGUGAGGCACAGACACGUCUUCAAGACCUGCGGGCCGGAUGGGCAGUGGGUGACAGGCCCCCGGGGACAGUCCCUGCGCGAUGCUACGCAGUGCGAGCUCGACGCUGAGGACCUGGAGGCGCAGGAAAAAUUCGCCAAGACCUACGGCAGCUUCAAGGUGAUGUACACUGUGGGCUACUCAGUGUCACUGUGUGCGCUGCUCCUCGCCCUGGCCCUCCUGCUGGGCUUCAGCAAACUGCACUGCAUGAGGAACUACAUCCACAUGAACCUCUUCGCCUCCUUCAUCCUGAAGGGCGUCUCUGUGCUGGUCAUCGACGCCCUGCUCAAGACCCACUACAGUGACAAGAUCGACGACUACAACGUGCACAUCUGGCUGAGCGACGAGGUGAUCGGCGGGGCCGGCGGGGAUGGGGGUGUGGGUGGUGUGGCAGUCCUGACCCUUGUUUACAGGCGGCCGCGGCUCCUCCUGGUGGUGGCCGUCUUCUCCGAGAGGAGCUACUUCACCCUCUACCUGUGCCUCGGCUGGGGGGCGCCCAUGCUGUUCCUCAUCCCCUGGGUCGUCGUGAAGUUCCUCUACGAAAAUAUCCAGUGCUGGACCACCAACAACAACAUGGGCUUCUGGUGGAUCCUUCGAUUCCCCGUGUUCCUGGCCAUUCUGAUCAACUUCUUCAUCUUCAUCCGCAUCAUCCAGAUCCUCGUCUCCAAGCUCCGCGCGCACCAGAUGCGCUACACUGACUACAAGUUCAGGCGGGGGGCGCCCACACUGACACUGAUCCCGCUGCUGGGCAUCCACGAGGUGGUCUUCGCCUUCAUCACGGAUGAGCACGCCCAGGGCACCCUGCGCUACGUCAAGCUCUUUUUCGACCUCUUCCUGAGCUCCUUCCAGGGGAUGCUGGUGGCCAUUCUCUACUGCUUCGUCAAUAAGGAGGUGCAGGCAGAGCUGCUGAAGAGGUGGCAGCGGUGGAAGCUGGGGAAGGACCUAGCAGAGGAGUACAAGCACACCUACAGCCAUGCGCCCAGUGCCCGCAAUGGUGCUGGCAACGCCUGUGAGAAGCAUCAGCUUGUGAGUGGCUGUGCCAGGGGAAGGGGAGCGGGCACUGCACUGCAGUCCGGCUGCGCCGGCAGCGGCACCAACUCCCCGCAGGCUGCGGUAGAAGCAGGGCCCAGCAGCGCCAGGCAGAGGGAGCGGGCCCAGGGGCGGCUCCAGCAGAGUCGGCAGCAAGAGGGGCUGAGGCACCGUCCCACUGUGCCAGAACCGGGCAGCACGCCCUGGGCACGCUUUGGUGAUGGGAGGUAA